GGGUAAAGGUUCUACAAGCGCUUCUGCAAUUGGUCGGGGAAGAGAUUCGAAGUAACAAAACACAUUAUCAUUGGCUGUCUAAACUCCCACGAGGGGUCGCAUGCAAAAGAUUUGCGAAAGGGUUUAUUGUUUCUUUGCUUUCGGGAGCCGAAAUUGUUUGCUAUCUUCUCAGUUCUGCAAUCAAAUAACGACACGGAAAAAUGGCUGGUGGCAAGGCAGGAAAGGACAGUGGCAAAGCCAAGGCUAAGGCAGUGUCUCGAUCCCAGAGGGCUGGACUACAGUUCCCAGUGGGUCGUAUCCACAGGCACUUAAAGACUCGCACUACCAGCCACGGUCGUGUAGGAGCCACAGCAGCUGUGUACAGUGCAGCUAUCCUUGAGUACCUCACCGCUGAAGUACUAGAGUUGGCAGGCAAUGCCUCCAAGGACUUGAAGGUGAAGCGUAUCACACCCCGUCACUUGCAGUUGGCCAUCCGUGGUGAUGAGGAGUUGGACUCUCUCAUCAAGGCAACAAUUGCUGGAGGAGGUGUCAUUCCCCACAUCCACAAAUCCCUCAUUGGGAAGAAGGGCCAGCAGAAGACGGCAUAAAUGCCAUGUUGACCAGAAAAUUCGGGGCUCGGGCUUUGAUGGGACCAGGAGUUCACAUUUUUUCUUUUUUGUUAUUAAUAUUUUAGCCAACAAAGAGUGAUUGUUAGGAUUUGUGUUGUAAUAUUUCCCCAUAACUAGAUAAAAAAAAUACAGAAAACCCCUUAAUGGCAAAAACCCCUUUGUAUGUUAUUGUAGAACGUUUGACUGGGGAGUUCAUUGUUAUUUCAAAUGUUGACCGUGAAUUUGUUUGAUUGGCCUGGAACUCUGUAAUGUUUUAUACUGAAAAAAGAAAUUGUUAAAAACGUUUUUUAUAUAAGAAUCUUGUUUUGUGGUUAUUUUAUUUGGAAGUUACAACAUUUAAUGUUUUCCGAGGGCAUGUUGGAUUAAAGCUCAAUUUGAGAUGG